GAAAGAAACAAUCAGAAGGGUUUAGGAACAUCCAAAUCUCCUCAGCGGUUAAACCGAACCCAAGCCACUUCUGGGAAACCACCGAGACGGUCUGGGAGGUGAGCUCGCCCGCCGAGGCAGAACUACGCGAGUCGCCGGGAGAGGCGUGAAGGGAGCCUGCACGUGUCCACCGCGGCUUCCUUACCGCCCCAAGAGUGGGGCAUGCACGAGACCGCCACUGUGGGGUUCAGAUUUAGGAAGGACGACCCUGUCGCCUGCCUCCCUCGCCCAGAGCCGGGAGCAACGCUGGGGCAGGAGAGAGGACUUGGGAAGGAUGUGAACCUUACUUUCCUCGCGGGUCCGGGACCCGCAGCCCCCGGGUUGUGAGGCGGAAGCCAAAGGGGCGAACCCAGUGGAGUCAGCAUGCACGGACCCUGCCCCGCGGUCCAAGGGGGGUGCCUCCGGCCCGGGACAGCGGGGCUCCCCGGAGCCCGAAAGCCCCUUGAGCGGCGACAGCAGGGCCCUGCGCUGACAAGCGGAGGAAGCGGGUACAACGGCGCCGCCGCCGGGACCAAGCCCCGAGGGCCCCGGAGCGCGCGGCAGCGGGGGGCGGCGAGCGGCGAGGGAGGCCCCAAGCCGGGGCGAGGUGUCUGUCCCCCCAGCCUGGCCCCGCACGGCCCCCCGAGGAGGGUGGGAGUGGGAGGCUGUCCGGGAGGGGGAGUGUGGAAGGAGAAAAGGGCCAAGGGAAGGACUUACUUUCCCCGCGGGACCCGGCGCCAGGACAGCUCCUCCCGGGAGGUGCGAGUUUGAAGGACCGGAGGCGACUGGAGCGGAGGCGGCGGUGGCGGCGGCAGCAGCGGCGUCCGGCUCUGCCUACCUCCCCGCCGCCAUCUUGACGCCCCUCCCCCAGCCCCCCCGCCCCGCCGGGAGGGGCGGGGGAGGGGCAACGGAUGAGGCGCCGCGCGCACGCAGCGCCUUCACGUGACUUCCUCCCUCCUCCCCCACCCGCUUCUCUGCGCCUCUCUCCGCCCCACCUCCCUCCUAGGUGAAAGAAAAUGAUUCCCCCCCAUCUUGACCACCCCCCAGGUUUCGCCGCCAAAAACAGACUCCGCCGGCUCUCCUCGGCCCGGUACCAGUUGUUGGAUCCAAGAGAAUUCCGGAACCCAAACGAUCCAUUACCGCGGCUCUGGGGUGGGCGAGGGGUGAGGGGGCCGGGUUUCCGAGAAGGGGGAGGGGGGAAGGCGAAGGCCACCUAGGAGAGUCACAUGACUACUGUUUCCGCCGGCGCUCACGGAGAGCUCGCGGUAAUUCUGUUUCUCCGCCCUUUUUUCCCCGCGGCCUGUCGGGAAGAAGGUCCCCGUGCCAGGGCUACCGGGAGGUCGGCCGGAGGGCCGCGCGCAUGCGCCCCGCGCCUGCUUUCAAACGGGCUAGGAAGGGCCUGGAGCUAUUUUCAGAACCUGCUAGGGUGGGGAGCUACGGCCCAGGAAGUUACCUAGCAGCGUUUCUGUCACUUGGAAAAUCUCUUCGUUACCUAGUUAGUCCUAGAAACAAAAUGUUUGCAUAUUCAUUGCUUGUUAAGCUCGCUGAAAGCACUUUUUUGGCAGUAAAACCGCAAGUAACCCGAAGCCCUCGGCAUGUCCACGGCUAGAAUCAGAGCCUAAGGCGUGUGAGCUCGGCCAUCCCACGCCUGUCUUCUCACCCGCAAGCCCAACACACCGGGGCUCCCAGUUAAUGAAUACUGAAGUGUAGGGCUGUCCCCACCGCUUCUUACUUCCUUGUCUUCAUCUUUCGUUUUUAUUAAGCUACCUAACGCAAUAAACAUAUUACCUUGUUGGUAA